UCAGCCUUUCACGGGAGGCCUUUGCCACGGCCACAGGCGUUCUGGAUUGUCAGCUGCGGCAUUGUUCUGCAGAGGAGGAAACUGAGGCCAGAUGGGCGUGGGAGAAGUGGCUGCUGGGGAUGCCAGCGCAGUGGGAGUAAUGGGGGGCACGGAGGCACUAUAGGGUGCCACCACAGCUGGGAUUGACGGGUAAUUCCUUUACGAACUGCGCAGAAGCAUCCCUGGCACACAUGGUGGGGAGGGUUUGUGGGCACGGUAUGUCAGCAUAUGGUGACACCAGACCACGAUUCCAUCUCUACUUGGGCCUCACACCAGGUCUGGAAUCUACCCACUUUUCCCCACAGCCUCACCCUGGUCCGGGCCCCAGUGUCGUCCUCCCAGACCCUGUUACAGCCUCUCACUAGCCUCCUGCCACCUGCAUUCCUGCCCCUGACAGCUCCUGUUCCCCAUGGAAGACGGUGGGGAGGGGCGGAAUUGACAAACAAUUCAGACCAUGCCCCUUCCCUGCUCACACGUCCUCCAUGGCUCCCCAUUGCUUCUCCCGUUACAACUGCACUCUUCCUGCAACGUUUACAUGUUAAGUCCUGCUGGCCUCUUCCCCUCAGUCUGGUCUCAGGGCUUUUGCACAAGUUGCGCCCUCUGUUGGGAACACUUCCCAUGGCUGGCCCCUCUUCCUUCUCAAUGUGUCCCCUCCUCAGAGAGGUCUCCUGGCUAAAGUCACCCUUUGCCAUUUGUUACCUCUGUUCUUUUCCUUCCUUGACUAUGGUGUUUGAAAUUAUCUUGAUCAUUGAGUCGUUUGCUGUUUACUGUCUGCUUCCCCCACCAGACUUGGGGCCUCUGAGGGCAGGGUACUCAGGGUUUAGCACAGGGUCAGGAACACAGUAGUUACUCAAUAAAUGUUGUGUGAGUGAAUGACCAGCGAGGGGUGUUUGAGACCCAGGCCCAGGGGACCUGGAGAGCAUCAGGAGGACAAACCCAGUAGCUUCCUGAGGGUGACUGUGGCCAUGGCCAAGGCAGGAUGGGGAGUCUCUUGAGAAACCUGAGAAGCAAAAUUCGUGGCAAGAAGGUUGGGGGGAGUUAGGGUUACACACCAGGCGGGGGCCCCUAUCCAUGACUUCUCAGAUAUGGGGUCUGGGCUUCAGCGUCUGGGUUGGUUCCCAAAGCAUCAUGUGAUCUGUGAAGAGGCCACCCCCAGGGUGACACUGUCCCUGACUUCCGGGACGGUCAUGAGAGGAAGAAGCAUUAAUUCACUCCCUCCUGUGUCAGACGUUCCUAUUUCUAUGGUGAACGGGUACUGCAUUCCCAGCCCUUUCUGUGCCUCCGAUUCCAUUCCAUUUUCCUGAGGGGACAUCUGUAGAGGGAGAAACAGAGGCCUGGAAGUUAGCCUGAUGCUAAUAACAUUUAUCACACAUUUAUCAGGCACUGUUGUGGGCGCCACCUUACGUCUAAUUCAUGUAAUCAUCCUAUCAGCCCAAUUUCCCUCCCAUUUUACACUUGAGAAGACAGGCCUCAGAAGUUAAAUCAGGUAUCCCCUGAGUCGGGUAGCCAAGUUGACGGCCUUUCCGUCACCAUAGACAGGCAAAGCAUGUCCGAUGCCCUGAUUUCCGUUUGCCCAACACGUCCUUUCUGCCAGUCCAGUGCUGAGAGAUGCCGGGGCCUCAGGGAGCCCAAGCCCGAGAAGACAGAGCCAGACAGACGAGAAAAGGUUUCCUGGAAGAGGGGACGCUGGAUUUUGCCAGGCAGGAAGGACAUUCCAAGAAGUGGAGCCACCGUGGGGCACGGUAGCAUGAGCCAGGCCAGGCCCUGGGAUAGGUCUCAAGUGCCACACUCAGAAGGGGUUCGCGCGGGGGGGAGAGAGGGAAAAGGAGACGUGAACAGAUGGACGUUUUGAGGGCAGGGGGCUACGUUCCACCGCCUCACCCAACAGGCGCCAACGCCCCGCCCCCGCCGCCCGCAGCCCUGGCAACGCCCCGCCCCUCCGCCCGCGGCCCUGGCAACGCCCAGCCCACUAAGCCCGCACGCGGGUCCGCCAGCCUCGCUUCCGCGUCGCUCGCUCCGCCCCGCGAGGCCCCGCCCCCGCGAGGCCCCGCCCCCGCGCUCGCCUGGGCGGGUUCCCGGCCGCGUUCCGGGGCGCGCGCUUCCUCCUCGCCCCCUAACCCCAGCCCCGCGGCGCGCACCCCCUACCCCGCUCCGCGGGGCUCCUGGGGCCAAUCCCGCCGCGGAGGUUCGUGCCCCGCCGCCGCCGCCGCUGCGCCCCCGCGCCUCCCGGGUCUCGGGCGGCGGCGGCGGCACAAAGAGAAGCAGCAUGUCCGACCCCAGCUACUGGACGGCGGUGGCUGCGCCAGGCCACCGGAGCCGCCUUGCCAAGGGCGCGCUGCUGCAGCGCUCCAAGAGCUGCCGCAGUGGGAACCGCAAAAGCCUGGUGGUAGGAACGCCCUCCCCAACCCUCUCCCGGCCCCUGUCUCCGCUCUCAGUUCCAACAGCAGGCAACAGCCCCCUGGAUAGUCCUCGGAACUUCUCCGCUGCGUCGGCCGUGAACUUCCCCUUUGCCCGAAGCCACGUCCCGCGCAUGGACAGGGCUGACGGCAGAAGAUGGUCCCUUGCAUCUCUCCCAUCUUCUGGCUAUGGAACCAACACACCCAGCUCCACCGUCUCGGUACCCACAGUCCCACCUUGGCCAGCAGACAGGCGGUCGAGCUCAUCCUCCCGGGAGCGCCUCCACCAGCUUCCUUUCCAGCCGACACCGGAUGAACUAUGCUUCCUGUCCAAGCAUUUCCGCAGCUCAGAGAGCGUGGCUGACGAGGAGGGCGGCCACCGCUCACCCCACCUUCGUCCCCGUUCCCGCAGCCUCAGCCCGGGACGCACAACAGGGAACUUCGACAAUGAAAUCGUCAUGAUGAAUCAUGUGUACCGGGAGAGGUUCCCCAAGGCCACGGCACAGAUGGAAGGCCGCCUGGAAGAAUUCCUUGCUGCUUUUGCACCCGGCGCCCGGCUGGCCCUGGCCGAUGGCGUCCUGGGCUUCAUCCACCACCAGAUCAUUGAGCUGGCCCGCGACUGCCUGGCCAAGUCUGGAGAGGCCCUCGUCACCUCCCGCUACUUCAUGGAGAUGCAGGAGAAACUGGAGAGGCUGCUACAAGAUGCCCACGAGCGCUCGGACAGUGAGGAGGUCGGCUUCAUUGUCCAGCUUGUCCGGAAGCUGCUCAUCAUCAUCUCGAGGCCGGCGAGGCUCCUUGAGUGCCUGGAGUUUGACCCUGAGGAGUUUUACCACCUGCUGGAGGCUGCCGAGGGCCAGGCCCGAGAGGGCCAGGGCAUCAAGACGGACCUGCCUCAGUACAUCAUUGGGCAGCUGGGCCUGGCUAAGGACCCCCUCGAGGAAAUGGUGCCUCUGAGUCACCUUGAAGAGGGAGGACAGCCUCCAGCACCUGAGUCCCCGGAGAGCCGUGCCCUGGUCGGCCCAUCACGGAGGAAGCCGUGUGAGAAUGACUUCGAGACCAUCAAACUCAUUAGCAACGGGGCCUACGGGGCUGUCUACCUGGUGCGGCACCGAGACACACGGCAGCGCUUUGCCAUCAAGAAGAUCAACAAGCAGAACCUGAUUCUGCGCAACCAGAUCCAGCAGGUCUUUGUGGAGCGUGACAUCCUCACCUUUGCCGAGAACCCGUUUGUGGUCAGCAUGUUCUGCUCCUUCGAGACCCGUCGCCACUUGUGUAUGGUCAUGGAGUAUGUGGAAGGUGGUGACUGUGCCACACUUCUGAAGAACAUGGGCCCACUGCCCGUGGACAUGGCCCGCAUGUACUUCGCCGAGACGGUCCUGGCCCUGGAGUACUUGCACAACUACGGCAUAGUGCACCGGGACCUCAAGCCUGACAACCUGCUCAUCACCUCACUUGGCCACAUCAAGCUGACCGACUUCGGCCUGUCCAAGAUUGGGCUCAUGAGCAUGGCCACCAACCUCUAUGAGGGCCACAUCGAGAAGGACACCCGGGAGUUCGUGGACAAGCAGGUGUGUGGGACCCCUGAGUACAUCGCGCCCGAGGUGAUCUUCCGCCAGGGCUACGGGAAGCCGGUGGACUGGUGGGCCAUGGGUGUUGUCCUCUAUGAAUUCCUGGUGGGCUGUGUGCCCUUCUUCGGAGACACCCCCGAGGAACUCUUCGGCCAGGUGGUCAGUGAUGAGAUCAUGUGGCCCGAAGGGGAUGAGGCCCUUCCAGCAGAUGCCCAGGACCUCAUCACCAGGCUGCUCCGACAGAGCCCACUGGACCGUCUGGGCACUGGUGGCACCCACGAGGUAAAACAGCACCCCUUCUUCCGAACACUGGACUGGGCAGGGCUUCUGCGACACAAAGCUGAGUUCGUGCCACAGCUCGAAGCUGAGGAUGACACCAGCUACUUUGACACGCGCUCGGAACGCUACCGCCACCUGGGCUCCGAGGACGAGGAGACCAACGACGAGGAGUCAUCCACGGAGAUCCCCCAGUUCUCGUCAUGUUCCCACCGGUUCAGCAAGGUCUACAGCAGCUCCGAGUUCCUGGCCGCCCAGCCCACGCCAACCUUCGCCGAACGGAGCUUCAGCGAGGACCGGGAGGAAGGGUGGGAGCGCAGCGGCGAGGGCGAGUAUGGCCGCCGCCUGAGCAUGGAUAUUCGCAGCCUGAGGUCCUGGACGUCCUCUGGUACUUCCUGUCCGUCGUCUUCCCAGCCCGAGCGGGGCCCCAGCCCGUCUCUCUUGAGUACUAUUAGCCUGGACACGAUGCCCAAGUUUGCCUUCUCGUCAGAGGAUGAGGGAGCCAGCCCAGCCUCUGCGGGCCCCAAGAGGCCCAUCUUCAUUCUGGGGGAGCCCGAUCCACCCCCAGCAGCCACCGCAGUGAUGCCCAAGCCCUCAAGCCUUUCUGCUGACCCAGCCGCCCUCAGCCACGCACGCCUACGGAGCAACAGCAUCGGUACCCGGCACUCGACACCACGGGCCUUGGAUGCUGGCCGAGGCCGCCGCCUUGGGGGCCAAAGAGACCCAGCUCCCGAGAAGUCUCGGGCCUCCCCCAGCGGGGGCCGUGUGCCCAAGUCCGCCUCAGUGUCCGCCCUGUCGCUCAUCAUCACGGCCGAUGAUGGCAGCGGCGGCCCCCUCAUGAGCCCUCUGUCCCCACGCUCACUGUCCUCGAACCCGUCAUCCCGAGACUCCUCUCCAAGCCGAGACCCGUCCCCCGUGUGCGGCAGCCUGCGGCCCCCCAUUGUCAUCCACAGCUCGGGCAAGAAGUACGGCUUCAGCCUGCGGGCCAUCCGCGUCUACAUGGGCGACAGCGAUGUCUAUACCGUGCACCACGUUGUCUGGAGCGUGGAGGAAGGAAGCCCUGCCCAGGAGGCGGGCCUGCGAGCUGGGGACCUCAUCACCCACAUCAACGGGGAGUCAGUCCUGGGUCUGGUGCACAUGGACGUCGUUGAGCUGCUGCUGAAGAGCGGCAACAAGAUCGCCCUGCGGACCACAGCCCUGGAGAACACCUCCAUCAAGGUGGGCCCCGCCCGGAAGAACGUGGCCAAGGGCCGCAUGGCUCGCAGGAGCAAGCGUAGCCGCCGGCGGGAGACCCAGGACCGGCGGAAGUCGCUUUUCAAGAAGAUCUCAAAACAGUCCUCUGUGCUGCACACCAGCCGGAGUUUCUCCUCCGGCCUCCACCACUCCCUGUCGUCCAGCGAGAGCCUCCCGGGUUCGCCCACCCACAGCCUCUCCCCCAGCCCCACCACGCCUUGCUGCAGCCCAGCUCCCGACGCCCCCGCAGACACCGCAUCCCCUCCCAGUGCAUCCCCGAGCUCCAGCAGCCCUGCCUCUCCUGCCGCCGCUGGCCACACCCGCCCUAGCUCCCUGCAUGGCCUGGCCGCCAAGCUCGGGCCACCCCGCCCCAAGGCCGGCCGCCGCAAGUCCACCAGCAGCAUCCCGCCCUCCCCACUGGCCUGCCCCCCGGUGCCCGUGCCCCCACCCCGCUCACCCUCGCCCCUCCCCGGGCACCCACCUGCACCCGCCCGGUCUCCACGGUUGCGCCGGGGCCAGUCGGCUGAUAAGCUGGGUUCGGGUGAACGGCUGGAUGGGGAGCUGGGGCGCCGCGGCCGCGGGCCAGACUCGGAGCUGGUAGUCAUGCGGCGGCUACACCUGUCCGAGCGCCGUGACUCCUUCAAGAAGCAGGAGGCCGUGCAGGAGGUGAGCUUCGAUGAGCCACCCGAGGAGGCCGCCGGGCCGCUCACCUCUGUGCCGCAGAUUGCCGUGGAGGGCGCCGAGGCUGUGCCAGGAGCCCUUGGUCCUGCCGGGAAGGACUGAUCCCUCCCACCCGGCCUCCCCCUGGCCUAGAAGUUGGGCUUUUUCGUGUGCAAUGUUUUUUCCGUCAAGCGACUCUUGGAUGGAGACUGAGCCACCAGACUGUGACACCCGGAAGGCGAGAAGCCAUCUCAGUCCUUACCGGAAAGUAGAGACAGCACCUCCUUCGUGUUCCGGUGCAGAUCAGGGGCCGUACGUAGGGGCAGGAAUGGGGGACAAGGGUGGCAUUGUAAAUAGCAGCAAAUCCCUGCGACUAAUUUAUUACUUUUUAUAAGCGAUAGUUAGACUGAGCCACCACUGCGAAGGUGGCUGCCCGGGUCCUGCCCCUUGCACCUGGGACCCCAUUUGCAGACGCUGCCCCCUGGGCUGAGAAGGAAGCACUUUGGACAAGUUACGUAUGUUUGUGUUUUCUAGGUUUUCUGUAUGUUUUAGUUUUGUGUGUGUGUUCCUUGAUCCCAUCCUGGCCCAGGACCCACUGACCUGAGGGGAUACAGGCAAGCUUACCUGUCUGGGCCCAAUGCGGAUAGGACUUGGAGAGUCUAAAUGAUUCCCCUCCACCACAAAACAAAGCAAUCCCGAUGAUGGACUGGACGCUGAAAGCUACGUCUCACUGUCAUAGCCUCGAUCCCUAGGCCAGUCUCGCUAGAGUUUGUUUCUAGUCCUGAAGGCUUCAGCCCGGGGGAGGGGGUGUGGGACCUGGGACCUUGAUGGAAGAGCAGAGAGGUCACCCACUCCACAGGGGGACACUGAUGCCCUGGUGGGGGGGGGGGGGGGAGGCGCAGGCCUCGAAGGGUACUACUGCCAGGGCAGGGGAAGAACGUCCAGCCUGGACAAGAUUUCACGUGCUCAGUGCCCACCAGGGUGAGCCCUUGACCAUGAUGUGUCUGAAACACCCUACGGAGGGUUCCCGCAACGUAUCGCAGCCUUCCUAGAAUGAAAUUCGAGUGAGAAACCCAACUGGGGGGCAAUGGGGCCCAAGUUGGAAUCUUGGCUUCCUCGUGUGGCUCUGGGAAAAUGGCUUUCCCACUCUGUGCCUCAGUUUCCUCGUGUUUACAAAACUAAUCCCAACGACUAUUUAUUAAGCAUCCGCCCUAUGCCAGACGCUUUUACUCGUGGCUUCUCCCCCAGCCAGCCUUGAGAAGGCUGCAGGUGGCGGUGUCCUCCCGAUUUUAGGGACAAGUAACCGAGGCCUGGCGAGGGGUGGAGACGGGUCGCACGAUCACCCGGUUAAAAAAAUCACGCAGCCAGGCCCCGUCGUGGGCACUGUCGACAAGGGAGCUUGAACGGAGAGUCUGGUGUCGGAUACAGCAGACCCACCUCCAGCUCUCGGGGCUGCUGUGUGACACACACUGGGCGUCUCAGAACCGCCACUUCCUCUGUGGAGGUGGCCGGCCAGAUCCCUGCGCCCCACCUGAUGAGGGCACUUUCCAGGCACGGUAGCCCACUCUGCAUCCCUCCCAGAGACCCUCGCCCAGCACUGGCUGGUGCUGGAGCUAGACCAAGGCUGUGCAUGACGUGUGCCCCCCACCCCCCUUCCAUCCUGGAGCUGACCGUGAAUAAAAGCCCACGUUUACAAAGAGGAGGCCCAACGUCUGGAUUUGUGAGGGGCAAAGAAAGGGCUAAGGGGAGAGAGUGUGGUGGGGACGGGGUGAAAACUGACUUCCUUUGAAGGGGUCUUGAAGGUGGCACAGGAGUUCGCCAAUGAGAUUCUCCCUGAUGUCUUCUCGGGUCCCUGGCCUCCUCCUGCCCUCUCCCCGAGUACCCAUCGUAGGCUCUGCUCUUAAAAGCUUCAUCCGGACACCGAUCUGGGGCCCCGAGCUGUGUUAAUAAAACAAAUAAACCAUC